AUGGAAUACGAGCAACGAGUGAGUCUACACUCUAACCUACGCCCAAAGAGACCUCGAGUUUCCGGAGCCGCGUUAUGCGCGGAUACUCGUUCUCAGCAAGAACAUGAGAAAGUCAUUGUAGACGACACGACUUGGAAUGAGGGCGAUUUCACCCUCAUCAGUUCAGACAACAUUCCUUUCAAAGUCCUCUCCCACCACAUUCUGUCCACUAGUACUGUCUUCCGACACGGGCGUGAAUACGCCACCAGUGGCCACGAUACCAUCGAGUUCACCGACACCACCUUUGAGACUGCGGUUACCCUUCGCGACUUCCUCCGAGCAAUCACCCAGGGACACUUUCUGACCAAAUACUAUCCACACGCCAAAGGGGAAUGGAUCGGAACGACAGCUGCUGUGAACCUUUCCGCGUUCUUGGGCAAGUGGGAGUGUGAGGCGGCCCUUUCCUCAUUGAAGAUUCACAGCCUUCAACGGCUCAGUGAGGAAGACAUCGGCCCGGUGAAGUUUUUCGUCGUUGGUUCAGUUCUCAACGACUCACACAUUUGUUACAAGUCACUCCUCUCACCCUACUGGCACCACAACAGUACAGGGAACACUGGCCGCGGUUCAAGCAAGUCCAUUGCUGCGAGAUUCCCCAGGCUUUCCGGGCCCUCGCUUGAUCCUACGGCCCUGUCAUACGAUACGUACAAUCAGAUUCCUACCGCCUACAUGUGGGCACUUACGCGUGCCUGGGCAGAAGGCAAGGAUCCCAAGGAUACUGCCCAGAAGUUCUUGGGCUUUAUUAGUUACACGAAAGGGAUGUCGUCGAGUAUCAAGCGUUGUUGCAUAGUGACUGACCCUCAGCGCAUAAGGGUCUAG